AUGGCCGAAGAGGACUCGUAUGCAGCCCUCGCCGGCAUCAUUUCAAACCUUGCAAAACAAUAUACCCCCGCCCACGACGACUUCCACAGCCGUGUCGCUGCCAACAGCGUCGAGUUCAACCGCAGUCCUUUGCCUGGCACCGACUCUGAUGCCAAACGACAACUCGAGCGGGAAGUCGCCGCUCUGGCUAGCCGCGUACAAUAUCUCGAGAACAAAGUCGCUUCUUCCGUAACCGCUGUCCUACCCAUCACGCCAAACGAGCCCUUGCAGUCUGCCUUUUCACCAGAGAGCUCUCCAACUGCUGCCCGUGUCCUGGCUUCGCGCCCUCGCUCUGCAUCUCUGGUGAACAGCUUGCUGGCCAAGUCUGAACACAAGGGCACCGCCGUACCGCGACAGCUGACAGAAGACGAGCUGGGUGUUCUCCGCGACCAUGUCGACCGUCAGAGCGAGCAGAUCAAGGAUCAGAAAGAAUACAUUGAUAGUAUCAAUGACACUUUGCAACAACAGCGCCAGGCCACCGAACAAGCUCUCGGUGGUAUCGAGAGCUCCAUGGACGACGUCGAGACCCUGAAACGCGAGUUGUCCAAGAACCAACAAAUAAACGCCACUUACCAGAAAGUCCUCCGCGAGAUCGGCAGCAUUGUCACUGCCGUCGCCAACGGUGACCUCAGCAAGAAAGUCCUCAUCAGCGCCAAGGAGCGUGAUCCUGAGAUUGCUACCUUCAAACGCACAAUCAACAAAAUGGUUGACCAAUUACAAGACUUUGCCAGUCAAGUCACACACCUCGCUCGUGAGGUCGGUACCGAGGGGAGACUCGGAGGUCAGGCAGUCUUGCCUGGUGUCAGCGGUAUCUGGGCUGAACUGACCCAAAAUGUCAACAUCAUGGCCGAAAAUCUGACCAAUCAAGUACGAGAAAUCGCCGUCGUCACUACCGCAGUCGCUCAGGGCGAUCUCAGUCGCAAGAUCCAACGUCCCGCUCGUGGUGAAAUUUUACAACUUCAGCAGACCAUCAACGGUAUGGUCGACCAAUUGCGUACCUUUGCGACGGAAGUCACACGUGUCUCCCGCGACGUCGGAACCGAGGGUGUUCUGGGCGGUCAGGCCCAGAUUGAGGGCGUCCAGGGCAUGUGGAAUGACCUGACAGUCAAUGUCAACGCUAUGGCCAACAAUCUCACAACACAAGUCCGUGACAUUGCUGAAGUCACAACUGCCGUCGCGCGGGGUGACCUCACUCAAAAGGUCAAGGCCGAGUGUAAGGGCGAGAUUCUCGAGCUCAAGUCUACCAUCAACUCUAUGGUCGACCAACUCAGGCAAUUCGCUCACGAAGUCACAAAAAUUGCUCGAGAAGUCGGAACAGAAGGAAGACUUGGUGGACAAGCUACCGUACACGGAGUCGAAGGCACGUGGAAAGACCUCACAGAGAACGUCAACGGCAUGGCCAUGAACCUUACCACCCAAGUGCGUGAAAUUGCUCACGUCACAAAAGCUGUUGCAAGAGGUGAUCUCAGCAAGAAAGUCGGAGCCGAGGUCAAGGGUGAAAUUCUUGAGCUCAAGGUCACUAUCAACACCAUGGUUGACCGUCUGAGCACCUUCGCCUUUGAGGUCAGCAAAGUGGCAAGAGAAGUUGGUACCGAAGGUGUACUCGGUGGACAAGCCCAGGUCGAGAACGUCGAGGGCAAAUGGAAAGACUUGACCGACAACGUCAAUACCAUGGCCAACAACCUGACUACCCAGGUCCGCAACAUCUCAGAUGUCACGCAAGCCAUCGCUCGUGGUGACAUGACUCAGGUCAUCAAGGUUCAUGCUCAGGGAGAAAUCCUGCUCCUGAAGAACACCAUCAACGACAUGGUUGCUCGUCUCGAUAAUUGGUCACUUGCUGUCAAGCGCGUCGCUCGCGAUGUAGGCGUCGACGGUAAAAUGGGCGGUCAAGCAGAGGUCGAUGGCAUUUCUGGUCGCUGGAAAGAAAUCACUUCCGACGUCAACACCAUGGCACAGAACUUGACAUCUCAGGUCCGAGCCUUCGGUGACAUCACGAACGCUGCUAUGGACGGCGAUUUCACCAAGAUGAUCACCGUCGAAGCCUCUGGUGAGAUGAACGAGCUCAAGCAAAAGAUCAACAAGAUGGUCACUGGACUGCGUGAAAGUAUUCAGAAGAAUACCGCUGCAAGAGAAGCUGCCGAGUUGGCCAACAAGACCAAGUCUGAAUUCUUGGCCAACAUGUCUCACGAGAUCAGAACGCCUAUGAACGGAAUCAUUGGCAUGACCCAACUCACUCUUGAUACUGAUUUGAACCAGAAUCAGCGAGAGAUGCUGAACUUGGUGUUCAAUUUGGCUAACAGUUUGUUGACCAUCAUUGAUGACAUUCUCGACAUUUCCAAGAUUGAGGCCAAUCGCAUGGUCGUCGAAGAGAUUCCUUUCUCGCUCCGUGGGCAAGUCUUCAAUGGACUCAAGGGUCUGGCAGUCAAGGCAAAUGAAAAGCGCCUGGAUCUUGCCUAUUAUGUCGACAGUUCGGUACCCGACUACGUGGUCGGUGAUUCAUUCAGACUUCGUCAAAUCAUUCUGAACCUUGUCGGAAACGCUAUCAAGUUCACUGACAAGGGCGAGGUCAGAAUCUCCAUCUCCGCAGCUGAUCAACUUGGGUGCGACGACGGCGAGUACGCAGUUCAGUUUGCUGUUCGUGACACCGGUAUCGGUAUACCGAGCAACAAGCUUGAUCUGAUCUUCGACACUUUCCAACAGGCAGAUGGCUCGACCACUCGCCGCUUCGGAGGUACUGGUCUUGGUCUCUCUAUCUCAAGAAGACUCGUUUCUCUCAUGUCUGGAAAAAUGUGGGUUGAGUCUGAUUUUGGUCAAGGUAGUUGCUUCUACUUCACCGUCAAGUUCAAGGUUGGCAAUCCCGAUGUUAAGGCCAUCGACAAGCAGCUUCGAGCUUACCGCAAACACAAUGUGCUCUUCAUCGACACUGGCAAGACUGGGUGCUCUGACGAGAUUGCUCAACACCUUCGCAACCUCCAGCUGGUACCAAUGAUCGUUCACAACGAGAGCGAAGUACCUUCGCCUCAUGCUGCUACCGCUGCUGGCAAGGCUUACGACUGCGUUCUGGUCGACUGCAGAGAGACAGCUCGCAAGCUUCGUAAUGUUGAGGACUUUAAGUAUAUCCCCAUCGUCAUGCUAGCCCCCGUUAUCAGCAUGAGCUUCAAGUCAGCACUCGAGGAUGGUAUUGCAAGCUACAUGACGACACCUUGUUUGUCCAUCGAUCUUGGCAACGCACUCAUCCCGGCUCUGGAGGGACGCGCAGCACCAACAUCUGCCGACCCUUCAAUGAAAUUUGACAUUUUGCUUGCUGAGGAUAAUGCUGUCAACCAAAGACUGGCCGUCAAGAUUCUGCAAAAGCACCACCACACGGUGACCGUCGCGAACAACGGCCUGGAAGCAUUCGAAGCUAUCAAGAAGAAGCGUUACGACGUAGUUCUCAUGGAUGUGCAAAUGCCUAUCAUGGGAGGGUUCGAAGCUACUGCCAACAUUCGUCAGUACGAACGCGAGAACCAACUGACGCGCUCGCCCAUUAUCGCUCUCACCGCCCACGCCAUGUUGGGUGAUCGCGAGAAGUGUAUUCAAGCUCAAAUGGACGAGUACCUCUCCAAACCGCUUAAGCCUAACCAGCUUAUUCAGACUCUUCUCAAGUGUGCAACUAUGGGUGGAGCAUUGCUCGAACGCAACAAGGACCAACGACUGGCUCUUACUCAAGGCGACGAUAGCAAGCAAGCCGAUAGCACUGGCAGCAGCAAAGUCAGCACGCCCAGGAGACCAAUUCUGGAUAUUCGAGGAUACACCGACUCGCCGAUCAAUCCGACUAAGAGUCCUUCGAUUGUUUCGGCAGACAUUAGCGAUCCUAUUGAGCGGGUAAGCAGUUCAAAGUGUUCUUUUGUGCGAUGCGGUGCUAAUAUUUGUGCUUCACAGGAAAUGCUUAUGAGGUCCAACAGCUCGUAG